AUUAGUUGAUGUUGUGUUUUUAAUGAAAAGGUUUUUAGUUAAGUGACAUGUCUUUACACUGUACUUGAUGUAGUACAUGAUCGAACAACAUGACUAGAAUGGGCUGUCUGAGGUCAGAUCAAGUGGAGGAGGGUUCAUCGUGAAUGACUUUGACCGGCUCUCUCUUCCUCACAGGUGGGUGUUGCGUUCGAGGCGGAGUCAGCAGACAACAGCCCACGUCCGACCUGCUUCUGCUCAGCGACGGGCCGACAGUUGCACAACACAGUUCCUCCAUUUCCCGGCUGGAGUAAGGAGUGCUCGCACGGACGUUUGGAUGCAUCUCUCACUGGACACCAUGAACAUGGUGGACGACAGCUGCCUCUCCCCCAGCAACUUCCACGACAUGUUGAAGGGAGGGGUGGCGGUUGGGGGCCGCGUCCACAGCAUCGAUGUCAUCCUGGGAUUCAGUAAGGACCAGGACCCCCUUCUCAGCCCCCAGGGCCACCCAGGGCCCCACAAGGAGGGUGUGGAGGACCUUGGGGAGCCGGAGAAGCAGGAUGUGUCCCCACACUCGUAUGGGCAGCUGACCUCCUUGAGGGGCAGCACGGAGCAGAACUACCAUGAAACGGACCUGUUCUCCAACAAGUGUGACGGGGAGCUCGGGGAGUUGAGGAAGAGCGCCGACAGUGACGACGGGAGGUCCCCGGAGACCGGCGUGGAGGAGCGACCCAAGAAGAAGCACCGACGCAACCGCACCACCUUCACCACCUACCAGCUCCACGAGCUGGAGCGAGCCUUCGAGAAGUCCCACUACCCCGACGUCUACAGCCGCGAGGAGCUGGCCAUGAAGGUCAACCUGCCGGAAGUCAGAGUUCAGGUGUGGUUCCAGAACCGCAGGGCCAAGUGGCGGCGCCAGGAGAAGAUGGACGCUAGCACCAUGAAGCUCCACGACUCCCCCAUGCUCUCCUUCAACCGCCCCCCGCCCAUGCACCCCAACAUGGGGCCCAUGUCCAACUCCCUCCCCUUGGACCCCUGGCUCACCUCGCCGCUAUCCAGCGCCACCCCCAUCCACGGCAUGCCCAGCUUCAUGGGUCCUCCCCAGGGUCUUCAGCAGGCCUACACCAGCCAUGGUUACCUCAACAGCCCCCCUCCACCCAUGGGGCAGAGCAUGCAGGCGAUGCCUCCCCCGCCCUACCAGUGCCAGGCAUCCUACUCUGAUAAGUACCCCCUGGAGGAUGUUGACCAGCGAAGCUCCAGCAUCGCCGCCCUGAGGAUGAAGGCCAAGGAACACAUUCAGUCCAUGGAUAAAACAUGGCUCCCCAUGUGAUUCCAAACACUAUGGAUUUGAAGAACUGAAACUGUCGGGGCAGACUGAAAUGAGGAGCCAUUUGUAUUUUGAAAAUAUGUAAAGACUGCAGAGGUAUUCAUAAUAGAUUUGUAAUAUGGUAAGCGUUUGUAACGGGACUCCUUGACGCGGAAAUACAGUAGCUGUGAGACUUACAUUUUUUGGUACCGAUUUAAAGAAAGCUGAUUAACCGGAAGCUAGUGCAAAGUAGCUCAAGCUGGGAUUCUAUCGGUUCCGUUUCUACUGGGAACCUUCUAGAAAUUGUUGAUCAUGGAUCCAGGUCCACGAUGCCUCGAUAGUGACCUGAAGCCCUCAGGAGAGAGGGCCCACAGACAGCAAAUUCACUCUCCUCUCUCUCUCAUAUCUAUCUGUCGGAUAUAUACAGUAGGCUUGGUUUCAUGGUCCCGAAGCCCUCUCCCUCUUUAAUGAAGGGGGGGCGGUCACUCGGCACGGUGGCUUCCACCUUGACUCAGCUGUUGAAAGCAGAGGUAUGACCCCAGAGAGAGACGUCGCAGUCAGGGUUGCGAAGCGCUAUCUAGGUCAGGCGUUGCUCGCUCAAGGUUCCCACAGCUGUACCGGAGCCCCGGAGCCGUGGGAGGUGUUCGAAAGUUCAGGUCACGGAUGAGAGGCGUUUGCCUGCGAUCCAAGGUCCUGUUCGGCUCAAGAAAGACUCGUCCCACUAUAAUUUGGGAUGAGAGACACACCUCUUAAACACCUAUUUAAUCAUUUAAUUCACAUACAGGUGGUUAAGAUCCCUUCUUAAAGAAACCGGACUGGCGUUAAACCGCACACACACAGAUACUGAAACACCCUGAAAGGGUUUGUUUGAUGCUCUCCUUUGAAAACAGUAAGGUCUAAUUAGUUGAGGACAGAAAGAUGUUUGCCGGCCUGUAAUUACAAAUAAUUGUAUUCAUGCCUGCAAGGAGACAGAAGAUGAAUGUGAAUUUGAAACUGUGUUCAAUUUUCCAUUGUUUAAACUUUCCAUUUUCAAUUUAAGCUUAAACCAAAUGCUUCCAGGGGUAUUUUGUAAAGCAUUGAAAACACUGGGUAAUGUUGGAAUGAUUUGAUCGAAUCACAAUCCAAAUACACUCAUUCCAUUGACAAGAUAUUCAAAUCAGAACACUCCGACCCAGAGAACGGACCUUGGUCCAUAUCCACACCCCUCCCUAUCGUUUCCAAAGGCAACACUGACUCACUACAUUCCUAUACCUCACAAGUACAACCCCUCCGUUAUCAGGGAGCCGGAACCUUCUGUCUUGCCAGCAGUGUGACUGGAAAACCUGUUGGCAGCUAACUGCUGGUUAACUGGGCGUACGUGCAGGGCAGCAGGUGGAUGGUUGUCUGGUGUGUCCCCAGUAGAGCUUCCCCCGCGUUUGGCUCAGUGGAUCCGAGCCAGCCUGCUUUGUCAGUUACUGGGAGCUACUGACGGUCACGGACCCACCUUGCAAGCCUCUGUGUCGAUUUGUAAUGAAAAGAGCUGUUGGAAUUCUGUAUUAGAUAGAGUGUAUGGUUUCCUGUGUGGUGUGUGUGGGUGUGGGUGUGCAUGUUGGGGAUAAGACUAUAUUUCUUUUUAAUAUGGAACCACAAACACCCCACAAAGGUGUUCACUUUGUUUAUGAUCAUAGAUCGUCCAACAUGUUCCAAUGGGCUGUGAAAUCAAUGGUCCUUCUUGUAAAGAUCAUUAAAAGAAAUGUCCCACACAACCUUCAGGUCACUAAGGGCUAUGUAGGAAUAUCAAAUAGUGCUGCCGAAUAACUUAGCAUUGUAAUGUUGAAGAAUAUGACGUCACCCAGGUUGAUAUGUUUUUUAAUGUAAAUUACUGUAUACCCAAUUGAAUGUCAUUUGAAGGGAAAUGUGGAUAUGAUGUGUUGAAUAUGUUAAAUCUCAUUUUGGGGGAGGGGGAGGGGGGGAUAACUUUCUUCCUUCCUUCAGAUAAAAAAGUGCAAUUCAUGUAGACAGAAGACUUACCCUAUCCCUACAGGCAACAGCACUGCUAGACCAGUCUGAUUGGUUUUGCUCCAAUGACUUUUUAAACGCCCAUCAAACUCACUUCAGAACUCGGGGUCCUUUCAACAUGUCUUGUUGUCUCAGCGACGGCCCACAGUGUUGUCGCGGUAAGCUCCUACGCUUCCAACGUGGACCAAUGGUUCCUUUUGCGGUGUUGUAGAACUGUCAUUGUUGAUGAGAUUCACCGAUCCUCAUUCAGCUUUGACACACGCGAUUCACCUACAGUUAGCUCAACCCGUUUUUUUCCUGUACCUUCUCUACCCUCUCCUCACAGUGGUUUGCCAUAUCUGUAGCCCUUCUUCAGACUGUCUUCUCAGGUUUUGUCAGAAGCACAAGUCCUACCAAGGCACUUGUUGAAGCCCGCACAACUGUUUAGCUCUGCAAGUCUUUUACAGCACCCAAACGAAGCCAAAGUUUAGACGGUAUUAUGGGCAGAAAACGCACUACAAACCUGUCAAGUGAAUAUCAUUUUUUUCUCCAGAAUAAACACGCUUUUGGCCCUGUGGAAGCCCUAUGUACUAGUUCUGUUCGUUGCCUGUUUUAGUUAGGUCACUGUUGGUUUAUUAAUAUGAUUUAUUGUACGUCUGUGUCCAUG